UCAGAGCCACUCUGCUAUAUAAACACUCCCUCUUUCCAUUCUACUCUCACCACACCACCAUGCCUUCCCCCUAUGUCCCUCCGCAGCACCGCAUCCCACCUUUCUCUCACAACUUCGUCCGUGGCGCCGCUAGGCCACGUGGCGGUGGGCGUAACGGUUCCGGCGCCCGGGGGUUCUCCCGGAACAACAUGCGACCUGUGGAGGAUAUGCAAAGCCUCGAGGGAAUCAACCUGGAGGCGUACGAGUCCGUCCCGGUGGAGGCGAGUGGGAAGGACGUGCCACCGCCGGUGAAGGCGUUCCAUGAAACGGACUUGGACGAGGGUUUGAAGAGGAACAUAGAGCGGUGCAAGUACGUGAAACCCACGCCGGUUCAGCGUCACGCGAUUCCCAUUGCGAGUGCAGGACGUGACCUUAUGGCGUGCGCGCAGACUGGGUCGGGUAAAACGGCGGCGUUUUGCUUCCCCAUCAUUUCGGGGAUUUUGAAAGGUCGUUCCGCUUCUGCUUUCUCAUCAAUGCCUCGCGCUGCCGCUGUUGCUGUUGCAUACCCCACUGCACUUAUUUUGUCUCCUACCAGAGAGUUGUCUUGCCAGAUACGUGAUGAAGCCAACAAAUUUGCUAAUCAGACUGGAGUGAAGGUUGUCGUUGUUUAUGGUGGGGCUCCUGUUACUCACCAGUUGCGUCUUCUGGAGAGAGGUGUGGACAUAUUGGUUGCAACUCCUGGGCGUUUGGUGGAUAUUAUUGAGAGAGAAAGGGUUUCAUUAAUGAGGAUAAAGUAUCUUGCUUUGGAUGAAGCAGAUCGUAUGUUGGAUAUGGGUUUUGAGCAUCAAAUACGCAAGAUUGUGCAGCAAAUGCAAAUGCCCCCACCGGGUGUUAGACAGACUUUGCUGUUUAGUGCCACGUUCCCUAAUGAUAUACAGAAGCUUGCAUCGGACUUUUUAUCCAACUACAUAUUCCUGUCUGUUGGAAGGGUUGGUUCGAGUACCGAACUGAUUGUGCAGAAGAUUGAGCUUGUUCAGGAUAUGGAUAAAAGGGAUCAUCUUAUUGAUCAUCUUCGUCGCCAUGUUGUCAAGGGAGCCAAUGGGAAGCAUGCUUUAACUCUUGUAUUUGUUGAAACAAAGAAAGGAGCGGAUGCUUUAGAAGACUGGCUAUCCAGAAGUGGGUUUCCAGCUAUUGCGAUACAUGGUGACAAAGUUCAAUUUGAACGGGAACGGGCCUUGAAAUCUUUCAAAUCUGGUAAUACUCCGAUUUUAGUUGCGACUGAUGUUGCUUCGCGGGGACUGGAUAUCCCCCAUGUGGCACAUGUUAUAAACUUUGACUUGCCUAGAGACAUAGAUGACUACGUGCAUAGAAUUGGAAGAACAGGACGUGCGGGGAAAUCUGGUUUAGCCACUGCUUUCUUCAGCGACAAGAAUAGCCCUAUUGCAAAGGCUCUUGUGGGACUCUUGCAGGAAGCUAAACAAGAAGUUCCGUCUUGGCUCAACCAAUAUGCUGAGUAUACACCAUCUGGUGGACGUGGUCGUAGUUUUGGAGCUCACCGUUACACCAGUGGUAGUUAUGGUGGUCGUGAUUUUCGUAAUGCCACCGAACCUGAGGUGCAGAACUACAACUGCUAUAGUACCUAUGGCAAUGCGAAUCAUGCUAUGGAGUUUUACUCUGACACCACGUACACUGAUACCUCUUAUGACAUACAGAACUCCCAUAGAGAUUCCUCUUUUGACAGUUUGAAUGAGGCUUCUGCCCGCCGCAAUUAUUAUCAGACUGGUGUUAACUCAGGUGUUGACUUAUAUGGUGUUGUGGUGGAAGAAGAUGGGCCAUGUGGUUAUGAAUCUAUCGUUGCCACUGGUUGGGAUUAGGCUAUUAGAGCCGCAAGCUUAAUCUUUUUUUCUUUAGAUGGGUACAGUACUAACAUAAUACAGUGAUGAUAUGGGAGUGGAAGUUGGUAGCCAUCAAGUUUCGGGUAGUAAACAGAUGCAGAUAUGAAAACAAUGUUUUGGAUUUUUCUUUUAGCUUGGGACCCAUGCAUGACAGGAUAGUAAUUUUGGAUCCUACUGUUUUGUUGGUAAUUAUGCUUUUUGGUCUUUAAUUAUAGAAAAUGGUGAAUAACUUAUGAAUUUA